GCCAUCUAGCUGUCCCUCCCUAUCCCAUUUUUAACGGGGGUCCUUAACCUCUCAGCAUUUCUCUCAGCUUCUGAGCUUUUAGAAUCCAGUAACGUUCUGAUCAUGGCUAUUUCUUUUCCUGGAAGAGGACUAGGUUUGUGGUGCUUCCUGCAGGGGCACUAGGUUUAGUGAGACCAGGCGCAGCCUAUAAUUCGCUUUCUUCUUUGUAAAGCAGUCGGUAAACAUUUAUUGAAUUGCCUAGUAUCUCCAGUGUUUCACCACCACACUCAGUCGUCUCUUCCUUAAGGGGCUUGCAAACCAUUCCCAUCCGCACUCUGGGCUGCAGUGGGACCUCAGAAUGCUGACUGGCUCCAUCUGGCUAUCUCAUCAUCUAGGCCUGGCAGGCCUGAAGUCUUGGAUUCCUUCCAUCCUUCUCCUGGUCUUCCUGGUUCUUAGCACCUGGAUCCUGAUAUAUGGCCUAACCUGUGUCCAACGAUACCGUAUCAACUGCAAGAGGCUUCGAUGCUUCCCUCAGCCCCCUCUUAAGAACUGGCUCUUUGGACACCUGGGAUUGAUACAAAACUCUGAAGAAGGUUUAUUGUAUAGACAGUCUCUGAUCUACAGCUUCAGAGAUGUAUGCUGCUGGUGGGUAGGGGCCUGGUGCCCGGUGAUCCGCAUCUUCCACCCCAGUUACAUCAAGCCAGUCCUCCUGGCCUCAGGCAUACCCAAGGACAAAUUAUUCUAUAGCUUCUUGGAACCAUGGUUGGGGGAAGGGUUGCUGCUGAGUAAAGGAGAAAAAUGGAGACAACACCGGCACAUGUUGACACCCGCAUUUCACUUUGACAUCCUCAAACCUUAUGUGAAGAUCUUCAACCAAAGUGUAGACAUCAUGCAUGCAAAAUGGAGAAGGCUGUGUGCUGAGGGCACCAAUUACCUGGAGAUGUUUGAACACAUCAGCCUCAUGACCCUGGAUAGCCUGCAGAAAUGUAUCUUCAGUUACAACAGCAACUGCCAGGAGAAACCAAGUGCCUACAUCUCAGCUAUCCUGGAGUUGAGUUCCCUUGUGGCAAAGCGCCAUACUAAUCCACUUCUAUAUUGGGAUACCCUGUACAAUCUCACCAGCCAAGGAAGGCGUUUCUCUCGUGCUUGCCAUCUGGUGCAUAAUUUCUCCAAUGCCGUCAUCCAGGAACGACGUCAUAUACUUGCUCAACAGGGGACUGAGACCUUUCUUGGGAACAAGAGAAAAAGCAAGACCAUCGAUUUCAUAGACAUUCUCCUAUUGGCCAAAGAUGAAGAUGGAAAAGCUCUGUCAGACAAGGACAUCCAGGCAGAAGCUGACACUUUCAUGUUUGCAGGUCAUGAUACAACUGCAAGUGGCAUCUCUUGGGCCCUCUAUAACCUGGCCCAGCAUCAGGAAUACCAGGACCGCUGCCGCCAGGAAAUAAAAGAACUCCUGAGAGAUCGUCAGCCAGAGGAGAUUGAAUGGGAUGAUCUGGCCCAGAUGCCCUUCCUGACCAUGUGCAUCAAAGAAAGCCUCCGGCUGCACCCACCAGUUUCCAUGGUCUCCCGUUACUGCACAAGGGAUAUCCAGUUGCCUGAUGGGAGGAUCAUUCCUAAAGGAAACAUUUGCCUGAUCAGCAUCUUUGGAAUUCACCAUAACCCUGCUGUGUGGCCCAAACCAGAGGUUUAUGACCCAUAUCGCUUUGAUGUCAACAACCCAGAAAAGAUUUCACCCCUGGCCUUUAUACCCUUCUCAGCUGGAUCCAGGAACUGCAUUGGACAGAACUUUGCCUUGUCUGAGUUGAAGGUUGUACUGGCCCUUACCCUACUAAGGUUCCGAGUCCUCCCUGAUAAACACCCAGUCCGAAGGAAGCCAGAAAUUAUUCUCAGAGAAGAAAACGGUCUGAGGCUGAAGAUAGAACCUCUUUUGGAUCUGUCCAGCCCUGACAUACACCUCUCAGAAGCCUCUCAGGAAUAAUGGCUGGAAUAUAUCCUUUUGCUUUUGAGUACGGAAGCCUGCUUUCUACUUGCCUUUCCAGCAAUCCUAAUCUUGAUUGUAAAUUCUUUUAAAUAAAAAUACUUCAACAUACUA